AUGUUAACGCCGAAGAUCACCUUCGUUUACCUUCUGCUCUUCUCGGUCGCUGUUAUAGGAAAACACAAAAAGGCCAAACCGAAGAAAUACGUUUCACCCCCUGCCAAAGGCAUUCGAUGCUACAACUGCCUCUCGUUCGACCACCCUGGGUGUUGGGAUCCCGACCAUCCGGAUUACGCGAAUAUAACUGUGCCUAACAUAGACUGUUACAUUCCAGGAAUGGCAUUCUUAUGCAUAGUUAUAACAUCAGAAUCAGCUAAACUUGUGGAGACGGGUCAAGAGAUCGGACCAGUGCGCGCACGCACGUGUGUACCAGCCAAAGACUUUACUAAGAAGACCGUGUCGUACUCAAUGUGCAGCAAACUCAGCAAAGAGUUAUCUGCAUCAGAAAUAUUUUCUCGGGUAGCAGUUAGUCGACCGCAAUGCUCAUUAUGUAAAAAGCACCUAUGUAGCGACGCAGCCCAUUGCUAG